AUGGCUGUGUUAGCGUUGUUAGAGGACAUCGCAAAUGGUCACAUCCGAAGGGAACGUAUAUUUAGGGAACGCGAGGACUUACUCGCAAAUGAUGACGAUUGGCUCAUGAGCCGAUUUCGUUUCCCCAGGCCAGUAUUACUGGAGCUGUGCGCAGAGCUGCGGCCGGCCCUAGAGCGCCACACAGCCAGGAGCCAGGGGUUGUCCGUGCCCACACAGGUGCUGACCACGCUGGGGUUCCUGGCAACAGGGGCCUUCCAGCGGGAGCUGGCCGAUCGGUCAGGAGUGUGCCAGUCCACCCUGAGCCGAGCCAUGCCAGCUGUGUGGGACGGAAUCAUCCGAAUGUCAUCCAGGUACAUCAAAUUCCCAUACAAUGCUGUUGAACAGGCCCACAUUAAAGCGCAAUUUGCAGCAACAGCCGGUUUCCCUAAUGUAAUCGGAGCUGUUGACUGCACACAUAUUGCCAUAAAAGCGCCAUCACAGGAUGAAUUUGUUUACGUUAACAGGAAACACUUUCAUUCUAUCAAUGUCCAAGUGAUAUGUGAUGGGCAAAUGCAGCUCCUUAACAUCGUGGCAAGGUGGCCUGGUUCAACGCACGAUUCAUUCAUUCUGACCAACAGCAUGGUUGGGAACAGGCUGGAGGCUGGCACUGUACGCGAUGGGUGGCUUCUGGGGGACCGUGGCUACCCCCUAAGAACGUGGCUGAUGACCCCUCUUACGAACCCCAACACCGACCAAGAGAGGAGGUAUAAUGACCUCCAUUCCCGGACGCGAAUAAUUGUGGAGAGGGCAAUCGGCCUGCUGAAGGGACGGUGGCGAUGCCUGGACAGGUCGGGGGGGAUGCUACUCUACAGACCUGAGAAGGUGUGCCACAUUGUGAUGGCCUGUGGCGUCCUCCACAAUGUGGCACACCGCCAUGGCAUACCACUGCCAGAGCAGCACAACCCCCCACUGGAGGAACCGGAUGCCGGACCCGUCAACUGCAACCCACCGCGAGGAGCCAUACGGGCCCGGCAGAAUGUGAUUUCAAGCAUGUAA